AUGUCGAAGGCGGUUUCGGCAACAGAGCGUGCUCUACGCUUUGUUGAGAAAUCCUCUCGGAUUAAGCUCCAGGAUUUGAGAGAUAAUAUUGGAGCCCGUACGACAGGGCGUCAAGUCAGAAAAGGAACUAAUCAAGCUGGUCAUACACAAGGAGCUCUGGAGAGAGCGGCUAAACCACCUCUCGGAUGGAUUUGGGGAGAUUUCUUCAGGCCAUGGCAGCGUAUGUUCCCUGGAGAGAGACACUUCAACGCAGACAUAAACUUACGAAGAGAAUAUCAACCUCUGUCCUUAAUUGAGUUAUCACGUUUGAUCGAUCUGGGAUGGGUCGACCCUUCGCAGCCAAUCGAUGUUGCAGCUCUAUGCAGGACAAAGAAGUUUAACAUCCAGCCUAGACUACGCCAAUAUGGUUUUGAUCUCACAGCCGAAGGAGCCGAUGACUUCACUCACAAAAUCGAUAUCGAAGUUCAAUAUGCUUCUCAAUCAGCAAUCGCCGCAGUUGAAAAAGCUGGUGGACGUAUUCGCACAGCUUAUUAUGAUGUCCAGUCUCUUGAGGCUGCUGUCGAUCCCCAGAGUUGGUUCAAAAAAGGCCUCCCAGUACCUCCAAGACGAGCCCCACCAACCUCCUUAUUAGAAUAUUAUUUGAGUCCCUUGAAUCGUGGAUAUCUAUCAAAAGAUGAAGAAAUCAAUGAAAUGAGAAAAAAACUGUCGUUGGUAAUGGGUUACGAUCAUACUGCAGAGCUUGUCGGUGAAACUAAAUCUCCUAACCAGAUAUUUCAUGGCAUACCAGCAGGGUCUGUAGUCUCAUUGGCGGAUAAGAAAAUCUUUGGUCCUACCCGCGAAGAGCUGAAAAAAUACUACGAGGGUGACCUACGGUCCGACACAAACUACGCCUGUUAA